GGAUCAUGUUUGUUGGAAUUGCCGGCCCCAUUUGCUCCGGUAAGCAUGCCGUCGCGGACUAUCUGGUAGAGAAGCACGCGUUCACGCGGAUCCGCCUACGAGAAGUCGCCUCUGUCAGCCCUGCGCUGUCAAGAUUGGCCCUGACUCCAUCUCCGUCGUGCUCUGAUGUCAAGGCUGAGCCGAAGAGCAACGACCGAAACGCACAACUCGUCUUCGACCACAUCGACGAAGUCUUAGAAUACGUCACGAAGAGAUGGCGAGACCACUUCGUUACAACAGAUAUUCGAAAAGAAAGUGAUCUCGAAACACUCUGCAAACGUCCAUUUUUCCUCGCGCUCGGAAUCGACGCACCCGUCACAACCCGCUACGAACGUUUCGUCACCCGAUGCGCAGCAAACGGAACCCCACCUCCCUCCUUCCAAAACUUCGUCGCACAAUCCGAUGACGAUCUCUACUCCUCUCCCUCCCCAAUCGCUCCAAUUCUCCACCGCGCAACAGUACGGCUCCUAAACCCCUCCCAAUCCCUCACCACCCUCCACCAAACACUGGAGAACCUCAACCUCCUCGAUCCAGCACGACUACGACCAACAUGGGAUGCAUACUUCAUGUACCUAGCAGACCUCGCCGCCCGACGGUCCAACUGCAUGAAACGCCGCGUCGGCGCCGUCCUCGUCCGGGACCAACGCGUCGUAAGCACCGGCUACAACGGCACCCCAAAAGGCAUCACAAAUUGCAACGAAGGCGGUUGUCCACGCUGCAACGACGCCACUACCGGUGGCCACGGACUCUCCACCUGUUUCUGUAUGCACGCAGAAGAAAACGCGCUCUUGGAGUCAGGAAGGGAAAGAGCGACGGAUGCGGUGUUGUAUUGUAAUACGUGUCCGUGUUUGACGUGUAGUAUCAAGAUUGCGCAGGUGGGGAUUAGGGAGGUUGUUUAUGAUGUUGGGUAUAGUAUGGAUGAGAUGAGUGCGAAGGUGUUGAGGGAGGCUGGGGUUAAGUUGAGGCAGUAUAAUCCGCCGACGGAGGGGCUUGUUAUGGCAUAGGCAUCUUAGCAUACAGACGUCGUUUCGUCUGACAAUCAUGCGGCGUGUGAACAACACGCCUUGAUGUAAGCGUAUCCUUGGUAUAUUGGUAUCUCAGGCAACCACACCUCGGUCAACUCAUUCAAACACCGCUCUGCCUCAUGCAAAUGCUCCUACAUGCUCCCCCAUCAACCGUGUUCUCUCGAGCUCGUGCCACGCUGCCCUGUUCCAUUGCUUACUUUGGCAGAUCAUCCGGCCCGAAACUCCUCGGCAACAACUCAUCCAACUUCAUAACCUCACUCUUCCCAUCCGGCGUAAACAUAUACACCGGCAUACCAACAUCACAAAACUCCCUCAUCGUCUGUCUACAAA